AAUUAGUCACUCUCGUAUCCGGCGAGUGGACUGUACGCGGCACAGUACGGCUCCGAACACGAAAAUACUGAAAUAAUUCACACAGUCGAACAAUAUAGAUAGUUUGCCGCUGAAAUUUAUGUAAAUAGUGUUGUUGAAUGAGUACAGUAUUAGAAAUCAGUUACUGGAAAAUUCAGUGUUCAUAUAAACGCAACAUGACUCAAGUGAUAAGAAAUUCGCGAGUAAAGCUUAAGUAAUUAGGUCAGUUUGGCUAUAAUUGUUGUGUGGUGUAAAGUGUAAAUAUAUAUACAUACAAUUCUUUUCAACUUUAUGUAAAAAAUGAACGACUCGAAGAUGGCCCGACAGAACAUAUUGCGAGUUUUCCUGUACUUCUGCAUGCUUUCUCUGUCCUCGUGCCAGAGGGCAGAACAGUUGCUGGCACAGAACCCGUGCUCCAGCAAGACCACGUGUAGUGAUUGUGCACGGACAGCUACCUGUGCCUGGUGCUUCGCCCCAGAGUUUAACGGACCACGAUGCUUCAACCCUGCCAUGGAAGGCGGCACCGGUGGCUGUGAUGAAGCGUACAUAUUCAACCCUGACAAUCAACAAUCCAUUGAUCCGAGGUUCAACAGAGAAUUAACGAGAGCAAAAGGCCGGAUGGCAAUGGGCAUGGAGUCAUCGUACUACGAGGAAUCAAUGAGCAGCAGUAGCAGUGGUGUCCAGGGUGGCGGAGGUUACAUGGCAUCGGCCGCGGGUGGGGAGAACUUGGUGCAAAUUAAACCACAACGCGUCAAGCUGCAAUUGAGAAUGAACCAAAUGCAAAAGAUGACAUUCUCGUAUGCGCAAGCGCAGGAUUACCCCGUCGAUCUAUAUUAUCUCAUGGACCUCAGCAGAUCUAUGAAGAACGACAAGGAGAAGUUGAGUACCCUGGGAAGUCUGUUAUCCAGUACCAUGAGGAAUAUCACCUCCAACUUCAGGAUCGGUUUCGGCUCAUUUGUCGAUAAGCUUGUCAUGCCUUACGUGUCGACGGUGCCCAAAAACUUGAUAUCACCGUGCGACGGCUGCGCGGCGCCCUACGGUUACAAGAACCAAAUGUCACUCAGCAACGAUACGGACUUCUUUGAUAAAGCAGUAGCCCGCGCAGACGUGUCGGGUAACCUGGACGCGCCCGAGGGAGGCUUCGACGCGAUCAUGCAGGCAGUCGUGUGCAAGGACGAGAUCGGGUGGCGCGAACACGCCAGGAAGCUGCUCGUGUUCUCCACCGACGCCGGCUUCCAUUACGCUGGGGACGGCAAGUUGGGCGGUAUAGUGCAACCGAACGACGGCGAAUGUCACAUGCAAGACAACUCGUACACUCACUCCACCCUGCAAGACUACCCCAGCAUCUCACAGAUUAAUCUCAAGGUGAAAGAGCACGCCAUCAACGUGAUAUUCGCGGUGACGGCGGAGCAGAUCAGUGUGUACGAGCAGCUCAGCAAGCACAUCGAGGGUUCCAGCAGCGGCACCUUGAGCGACGACUCUGACAACGUGGUGGACCUCGUCAGGGAGCAGUACAAUAAAAUAACAUCAACAGUUGAAAUGAAAGACACAUCAAGUGAUGCGGUGCAGAUAUUGUACUACUCGUCGUGUCUGGGCAGCAAGGAUCAUGUUGUUCAAACCAACAAAUGCGAUGGUCUCAAGGUCGGAGACGUGGUCGAAUUCACAGCAGAGGUAACGCUGAAGGAAUGCCCGAAGGAUCCCAGCAAGUGGAAGCAGACAUUCACUAUAUAUCCAGUUGGUGUUUCUGAGAGUCUGACCAUAGAGUUGGAGAUGCUCUGUGACUGCCCCUGCGAGCAUCCUGGACAUCAUGCGUACAACGACAGCCCGCUGGUGUGCAACGGGCAGGGCAUCAGCGCGUGCGGCGUGUGCGUGUGCGAGGCGGGUCGCUUCGGCAAGGCGUGCGAGUGUUCGGCGCACGGCGGCGGCUCGCUGGAGCAGGAGCGAGGCUGUCGCCCGACCAGCGCCGGCUCGGGCCCGCUGUGCUCCACGCGCGGCACGUGCGUGUGCGGCGUGUGCGAGUGCAACAAGAUGGACGACCCGCUCAAGGUGAUAUCUGGUCCGUUCUGCGAGUGCGACAACUUCACGUGCGACAUGAACAAGGGACUGCUGUGCUCGGGUCCGUCGCACGGCGAGUGUGUGUGCGGCAAGUGUAACUGUCGCCCGGAGUACAGCGGGCCUGCGUGCCAGUGCCUCAAGGACCAGACGGCUUGUAUAUCACCCGAGAACGGCAAGAUUUGCAGCGGCAACGGUAAAUGCGUGUGCGGUCAGUGCGUGUGCAACGUGGACGAUGAUCGGCACUACACGGGCAAAUACUGCGAUAGUUGUCCGACGUGUCCCGGUCGCUGCGAGGACUUCAAGCAGUGCGUACUGUGUGAGGUGCACAAGCGAGGGCCGCUCUACAGCCCGGACCAGCCGGGGAGGGACUGCGGCGACUGCGCACUCUAUCCCGAGAUCGUCGAGGGCAAGAUCGAAGCGAACGAGACGUUGAACGAACAUCUGUGCAGCUUCUACGACGACGAAGACUGUCUCUAUGUGUACGUGUACUCGUACAACGACACCAGGAACCUCUACAUCCGAGCGCAGAAGGAACACGAGUGUCCCAGGAAGGUGUUCAUUCUGGGUAUCGUACUGGGCGUGAUCGCUGCUAUAGUGCUAGUGGGUCUGGCGCUGCUGAUGCUGUGGAAGAUGGUCACCACUAUCCAUGACCGUCGAGAGUUCGCGCGCUUCGAGAAGGAGCGUAUGAUGGCCAAGUGGGACACGGGUGAAAAUCCAAUUUACAAGCAAGCGACGUCGACCUUCAAGAAUCCAACAUACGCUGGCAAAUAAAUAGUUGGAUAUGUUAACACUGAAAACAACUCACAACAUCAAUUAAUCAAUCAAGGCGUAGCCCCUGCCGCAUUGUACGCGACUCGAGUUGAUACCAAUAUAGCUAUAAUAUAACAUGAGUCAUGGGAAACAUUGUUAUAGUUUUAUGACUAAAAUAUGUUAAUUCAAUAACGGCCGUUCCCAAUUUAUUACAGAUUUACUAAUUACUACCUUCUACUGUCAGUUAUUAGCUAUCAAUAAUCUGAAGCUGUCCCAAUAUACCCGAUAAGUCAUUCUUAUCGCCUUAUAUUGGGACGCGUGAAUUGCAAUUUCCAUACAAACUUCUAUCGCUGGUAAGCUGUACGUCGUCCCAUUGACAGGCAGCGUGUACGGAUAAGGUGAGUUACUGUCGAUAAGUUUAUUGGGACAGAAAAGUCAACGUUAGUUACGGUUUUUAUCUCAAGUAAGCGAUAGACUGAAUAUUGGAAACGGUCGUUAGUCAUCAGUAUUGAGAAAAUAUAUUUGUAUACAUGUAGAGGUAUUAAAGUGUAGUUGCUAAUAAAAGCCUUAAAUCGUGCCUUCAAUAUACGUUUUUCGAUGUUUAUUAUAAUAAGAUUAAUAUUAUAUACAUGUCUAUUAUUAUUGGUAUAGUGCAGUCGCGAACUAGGGAAAAUAUCGGUCAUUGAUCUAUUGGUUUUCUCUUUCUAUCUCUCUCACAUAGGAAGAUGUGUAAUGUUUGAAAUUAUUUCUGUUCUCCAGCAAUGUUUUGUAAUAAUAAUACAUUGUGUAUAACAAUAAUUUUUGUACAUUAAAUGCUUAAUAGAGGUCUGUUUAAAUCUCGUUUAUAUUAUAUAGUACGCUUUUGUACUUAUGUGUGUGUGUAGGAUGUGUGUGCUGUUUUAGCUGUGUGGGAUAUUAAUAUAUAACCUUAAAAUUUAACAAUAACUAUUAUAACGGAGAAUUAUAUCAAAAUGGACGGAAAUUAAUCGAUAUUAUAGUAUUCUAGUUGAUACCACAGAAUACUUUUUAAGGUACGCUAAUUUGCAAUGAUUAUUUAUUACUAGUAAUGUUAUCACUGCCUUUAAUAUUCAUUAUCAUUUCGAUAAAUACUAAAAAUAUGACUAAAAUGUAACAUUUAGUGCCAUUAGCAAUUAAAAUAAGAGUGUUUUAUUAUUUAUUAUUACGCAUACGUAUAAUUAUUAUAUUAUAAGAUCAAUUAAAUAAGAUAUGCAACGCUACAGUUAAUUUAAAUAUUUUUACGACUGCAUUUUCAAUGUUUUGUUUUGGAACUACUAUUUUAUGUGAUAUACUGAUUGUGAAAAGAUUUAAAUGUGACGAAUACGACUCGAAAUAAUUGUGGCCUUUAAAUUAGAGCUAAUAAAAAUUAACUUAAUU